CCCCCCCCCCCCCCGCCCUCCCCGUCCGCGGUUCCCCGGCGGCAGCGGCGGCAGCGGCGGCGGCGGAGCCGCGCGGGUGCCGCCGCCAUGGCGUGGCCGUGCAUCACCCGCGCCUGCUGCAUCGCCCGCUUCUGGAACCAGCUGGACAAGGCCGACAUCGCGGUGCCGCUCGUCUUCGCCAAGUACUCGGAGGCCACCGAGCAGCAGCCGCCGCCGCGGCCCGUGGAGACGCAGCCGGGCGGCGAGGCGGCGCCCGCGGAGCGCGACCGGGAGCGCGACCGGGAGCGGGAGCGGGAGCGGGGCCCCAGCCCGGCGCGGCCCGGGCCGCCGCCGCCGCCGCACGCCUCGCCGCCCGCCGACUCGGUGAUGCGGCACGACUACAAGCCGUGGAAGGUGCAGCGGCCCGAGCCGAGCUGCAAGCCCAAGAGCGAGUACCAGCCCUCGGACACCCCCUUCGAGAAGGAGACGCAGUACCAGAAGGAUUUCCGCGCCUGGCCCAUCCCCAAGCGCGGCGACCACCCCUGGAUCCCCAAGCCGGGCCCUUCGCCGGCGCCGGGCCUCGACGGCGGCUUCGCGGAGCGGCGCAGGAAGGCGCAGCCGGGCGCCGAGCGCAGCCAGGGCGACGGCGAGGCCGGGCAGGAGCCGCCCAAGGGCGGCGAAGGCCGCGCGAAGGCGCCGCCGCCCGCGGAGCAGCCCGCGCCGACGGGCCCCGACGGCGGCCGGGGCCGCGCGGCCGCCGAUGCCCUCAACCGGCAGAUCAAGCAGGAGGCGGCGGCCGGCGUCAGCUCGUCCUACAGAAACGAGUUCAGACCUUGGAUAGAUGUCAAGCCUGUGAAAGCUAUAAAAGCUAAGGCCCAGUACAAGCCGCCAGAGGAGAAAAUGACCCACGAAACCAGUUACAGCGCUCAGUUCAAGGGGGAAACCAGUAAGCCUGCUCCAGCCGAUAACAAAUUCCUGGAACGCAGAAGGAUACGCACUCUCUACAGCGAACCCUACAAAGAACCUCCAAAGGUGGAAAAGCCUAGCGUAAAGCCUUCUAAACCAAAAAAGACCACAACAAGCCAUAAACCCCUGAAAAAGGCCAAAGACAAGCAGAUUGCAUCUGGCCGGGCUGCCAAGAAAAAGAGCGCCGAGACCUCCAACACAGCAAAGCCAGAGGACAAGGAGAAAAGUAAAGAGAUGAACAAUAAACUGGCUGAGGCAAAAGAAACCCCUGAGAAAACCACUGGUGCUACAGACCAAGAACCGAGUACCUUAGAGCAGGACCAGCGCACAUGAAGUCGAGCAUUUUCUUCUGAGUGGUGGUUGGAACAAACGUAUAGUCUGCAUGAAAUGUGUAUCGUCUGGCUGGCAUACAAUAAAGCUGAUGAUCAGAGUUGAACAAUA